GGGAGACUCCGGUAGAAAGGAUGGUGGCAUCGGUCCAGCAACCACGUUACGGAAAUAGAUUUCGGCGCUGGUAAUGCAACGGGGGCUUUUCUCGUAGGCAAAACGUUAGACAGUCAAGAGGAAGAAGAUCAGUAACGCGUCGGCCAGUUAUCGAGGAAAAUAUUAUCCCGGGAAGCAACAACAAUAUUACGCGAACAACACAUGAACAAUCCGGGAGGUGAGAAAUGGCGGCCCAUGGCCAUCUCGAAUCCAUCCACUCGAUUGCGUAUGGCACGGACCAUGCCCCAUUGGGUAUUGGCACAACAACAGAAGGACACGGAAGAACAGAAGGAACGAAUACCAACCCCACCAAAGAUACCACCACCAUCCCUUUCCGGAGAUUGUGGUGACCCAGAUUACGAGAUCAUCGAAUUUCCGAUCCGAGGAACACCCCAGAAAACAAAUCCAAUGUCGAGCAGCAACCUAACUUCCGUUACGAAGCAUAGCAAAUGUGCUUUGUGCGGUACGGAAAAUGUAUUUGCGAGAUGCGACACCUGUAAAGAAAAUUAUUGCGAAGCCUGCGACGACAUGAAUCACAAACAUCCCAAGAGAAGGUCCCACGUUAGGAGGAGGAUCUUGACCGAGACUGCUGCUAAAAAUCGACCACCUUUACCACCGAAAGGUGAAAAUCUAGCUGGUCCACCUCCCGUACCACCGCCGAGAAGAAAUCGCAAAAGCACUCAGGCCAAACUCACGCAGAAUCAAGGAGCUACGAAUCGAUCAUUGAUCGAGAAAGGUGGAAGUACUACCAAGAGAAGUGAUCUUUCCAACACUAGUGGAGGAUCAUCUACGACAACUAGGGAGACUAAUUUUCAAGGAUCGAAGAUUACACGAUCUACGAAUAAUACAACGAUCGAAGGAUCGGGAUCGAGUACCGACAAGAUGUCUACCUUACAGGAAAGAUACAGGAGAUAUCAGGAAGCAAUGAGAGCGCAAGAUGCAAAUCGAAGAAGACGUACACCUUCGGAUGCUUCUUCGAGAGAUACUACCAGUCCCAGACCAGUUAGCAUUGGUAGUAAUAAUAGGACACCAUCUUUACAACAACAACCAUUACCACCACCACCACCACCUCCGAGAUCUAUGAUGCAAUCUAGCAGCGUGUGCGAUCUAUCGGCACCGCAUAUGUGGAAUCUUGGAAUGCAUCAGGCACAAUCCAUGGCACAAUUAAAUCCUAGUGGUAUGCCAAUGAUGUGGUAUCCAACGAACAAUCCUUGGGAUGGUUCGAUCAGUGGUUCAACUUUGAGUUUAAAUCACCCACCACCACCAGCAGCAGCUUUAUGGGCAUAUCCCAUGGGAUAUCAUCCAUCUCAAAUGUUACCGCCCCAUUAUCCCGGUACUUUAUCGAGAGCUCACAGUCCGGCAAGGAGUUUAAAAUCACAGAACAGAAGAUCAAGACCACCAUCACCAUCACCCAGUAUAAAAUCACGAAAGUCUAUCGUUUCGAGAUCGAGAUCGAGAAUUUCACCGGGAUCACCGUCCGAUGCCAGUUCCGAGGAUUCCGAGGAAUCCGAUUUCGACGAUAGACUUUCACGUGGAUCCAGAACCAUCAGAAGAGGUAGCGUUACGAGAAAUAACAGGCAGAGAAGUUAUCAGGAUAACGAUACUUCCAGGAGUUUACUGUCUCGAUCACGUCGAGAGAGGCUAACAUCGGAGGAUAGGAUGACCAGCAACGAGGAACAAUGGUCGGAAAAUCAAUCGAGCAGACGUUAUUCCAUGUCCUCUCGGGGUUGUUACGAGGAUUCUCGUCGUAACACAAUAGAUUCUCGAUUGCGAAAAAUUGAAAAUGGAAGUUACCGUGAUGAUCAACGACGCGAAUCAAGGCGUACACGUAAAAGUACGGACGAGGAAUUGUCCGAUAGAAAAUCUAAUCCGACUGCUACUACAAUGGGUAAAACGAGAAUCACCAGUUCUUCGGAGGACCAUUUCGAAAGAUCGGAUAAACGUACGACUUUGUUUUACGACGAUGACAACGACGACAACGACGAGGAGGAGGAAAAUGAAGAGGAAGAGAAGGAGAAGAAAAAGGAUGAAAUAUUAUCGAAGAAAAAUUCAUUUCGUGGAAUCAGAGAUGACGAUUCGAGAAGAUCUAUCAGUCAUAAAACUUCGAGGAGAACUUCGAUCGAAUCAGAUAAACUAAAUUUAGGAUCUCGUGAUUCGUUUACCUUGAAACGUGACACCACCGCGGAUUACGAAUCUUCUAUAAGAAACGAGGAAUUAAGAAAAAGGGAAGAUAACGUAUCAACCAAGAGGAGAACGUCGUCCUCGUCGUCCUUUAAAAGAGAAAACUCGAUUGAUCAAACGUUAGAAAAUGAUACGAAAAAUAUAUCAACCCGUGAAAUAUCCCGAAAAAGGGAAAACGACGAUAGGAUAUCUUCUACGAGGAAUAAAAGUUUAGAUCAAGGGAUCUCUCAAAUUAAUAGCAACAAUAAUAAUAAUAACAAUUCGAUUGAAAUAAUCGAGACAAAAUCUAACACGGAUAACAAGAAGAAAUCUCGUGAAAAUCGUAAAGGUACCAUCGAAUUACCUGCCGACGAAUGGCCAUGCGAGCAUUGUACUUUCAUUAACAAAAUUACUGAAAAAGUUUGCGUGAUAUGUUGCAAAACAAGAAGCAGUGCAUUGCCACCGGACGAAAAUGCAUCGGAAAAUAUUGAAACGAAUAUCGAAGAAAUCGAAAGAGUUAUCGAAAAUGUUGACAAACAACAACAACAACAACGAGUGUCCAGUACAAAUGAAGAUUCUAAUACCGAUUUGGAAAAGAAAACAAAUCUUUUGAAAAUUUCUAAUAGCGAGGAAAGUGGUGACAGUGGAUCUACUAAAAACAAAGAUGUAAGCCUGGUGGAAAAUACGACAGAAAUGAUACUCGAUGUCAAAUUACCGGAAACGACUGCAAUGAAAUUCGAGAAAAAAGAGGAAAACGAGGAAAGCAUAAGAAUUCGGACAACAUCAUCGACCCCAACGUUAUCCUUGUCAAAAGGAACAAUUACUCCUGAAAAUAAUGAUGAAUCUGUCAAACAAAUUGGAAAAUUAUUUAGAUCUGAUGACAAAAUUGAAGAAACUCGUAAAGUAUCGACAGGAACUUCUCCGCCACCUCAAAGUAUCUCAACUCAAACGUACGAUUAUCUUCCACGAGGUGGUAGUGGUACGCUUCGUAGAUCAUUGUCGACUUCCAAAGGAUUUUUGUCUUACGAAGAUAGCGAGGCAGAGCAUCUGUUACAGGAGGGAAACCGAUUUACGAAUAGUCCCGAUCUUUAUCCACGAACGAUACAAGAACAAUAUCUACGUCAAACGAUGUCAAGUCAGAGCAGAGAUCGAACCCGAAGAAAUUCCAUCGAUUCGAGCCAUCUUUAUUAUCGCUCUAGGGAACCAAGCCAACCGAGAUACGGUAUAGAAACAGCAGGUCCUAGUACGUCAUCUCAAGGAGUAUCUACGUUGACUCGUCAAGGAUUAGAAAUAGUCGAACUUUUGCGAGAAGCCGAAAGACAAGGAUUUUCAACAGACGAUGUACAGGUGGCCUUAACGCAGAAUGCAUCUAAUCCCUUGGAAUGGUUAAAAACGCAAUGGCCACAUUCAAUUGAGGCCGUUCAAAUCUUGGUAAGCACUCAGGGAAAGGAACAAAGGGAAAAUAAUAUCGGUGUCAUAUCUGUGAACGAAGCUAAGGAUGCAUUGAGAUCCUGCAAAGGUGACGUUUGGAAUGCUGUUACCAUUGCUGCUCAACGUAGACAACACAAGACAGCAGAAAUUUUAACAAAGGGCAAUUUUACGAUGGCCGAUGUUGUUAAAGCACUCGAUAACAACGACGGCAUAAUAGAUGCGGCAUUACUCGAAUUACAAAAAAAUCAAUUGAAACCAUUUUUAAUGAGGAUCUGGGGUCCUCCGGUCGGAGUUGAAAACGAUGGGGCUGCACCACAAGGAGAUGCGGCAGGKAUAGUUGGUGGUGCAACAAGGAUUCUCGAACAGAUAACCAAUGUUACGGAUACGGAGGCGAAGAAGCAGGUAAUGUCACCAAUUAUUGACAAUUUCGUCGCAUUGCAGACCGACUUUACGAAACAGCUGGCGGCGCUAAGACAAAUGACUUAUAAUUGGGAAUACGAGAAAGACCCUCUAAACAAUACUCGAGGUAAUAAUUCGGUUGAUUUGCUCGGCAGCUCGAACGGCGAAGAUCCAAUCAUCGACGAAAUCCUAUUACCAAAAUCUUUAGACAAUAUUAAUCAAAAUUUAAUACUAAAUGAUAUUGGAUUAACGGAUAAUACGGAUAAUAACAAGGACGAUGAACGAAAUAAUCAAUUGGAUGUUAAAAAUGAAUCUACGACAAAAUUAAUAGAUGAACCAAAAAAUGACAAUGAUGCAAAUGUAUUAAAUAAUAAUAAUAAUACGAGAUUAAUGAAUGAUCAAAAAUUGGAAAUCGUUGAACGGGACAAAUCUGAUAAUGAAAAUCUAACGAAAGAAAUCAUUGUUAGGAAUGAAUCGUUGAAUAAAAUAAAACAUCUUGAUAAAGAUGAUCGAAAUAAUAAUUCAAUUGAUAUAACGAUAGUAAAUUCAAGAGAAAACGUAGUAAUUUCGAACGAAGAAAAAGAGGAAGAAGAUUUCAAUUCGGAGAGCAAUAUUAUUACUACUACUGUUACGACUACGGUAAUAGAGAAAUCUGAUGAUGAAGAUGUUACGAAAGCAAAAAUUGAUAAUAAAGAAAUGACGAAUGAGAAUGAAAUAUCGAUGAGUGAAAAUAAAAUACCACAACAGUUGGAAGAUGGAAAAAGAAACCUCUUAUUUCGUAACGAAACUUUGCCGGAGGCUACCAAAAAUAUUUCUCAAGAACCUUCCUCAUCCUCCUCCUCCUCCUCCUCCUCCUCCUCCUCCUCUUCCCUUCGACAAGAUAAAAAUAUCAUCGGACAAUUGGAUUUGAAUAUAAUAAACGAAACGUCCAAUUCCGUAAUAGAAGAGAAUUUACUUAAAAAUGAAAAUUCUUCUUCUUCGAACGAAUUAAAUUCGGAAGCAGAAACAAAUGUUGUAUCCAAUAAUCAAUCUAAAACUAUGGAAUUAUUUGUGUCCGCUUUUAAAUCAUUGCCAGAACAAAUGAUUGGUCCCUUAGUAGCGGCUAUGAAAAUGUUAUCACCCAAAGUUUCGAUUAAUAAUACCGAUGAAAAUGAAAAAAAUGAUUUAACCAAUACAUUGGAAUCUAUUAUUGAAAAUAAACAAAAUGAUUUAAGUGUGUCGGACAAUAGUAAAGUUAAAAAUAUCAUUACUGGAGGAUCAUCCGCAAAUUAUGACGAAGAAAAUCAAUCGGUAAAUAAUAUUGCAUUAGAAAAUACUAACGAAAUAAAAAUAAAUAAUAUUUCCAAAUCGACUAAAGAAAAUAAUAAAAAAGUAUCACAGAUUGACGAGACCGUUUCAUAUAAUAAUGAAAUGAAAAAUACAAUUUCUAAAUCCGCGGAUGAAAAAAAGGAAAAAACUACAUCGAUCCGUGAAACAAUUAUAAAUAAUAAUAAUAAUAACGAAAUCAAAACUACGCAUACCGAAUCGAACAAAGAAAAGAACAAUAAUCAAUCGAUCGAUAUAAAUGUAUUAGAAAAUAAUGAUAUCAAAAAUACGAGUUUCAAAUCCACAGACGAAAGGGAAGAUAAUCGAUUAGACAAUAACGAAAUAAAAAUGAUUUUAGAAUCGACAAAUGUAAACGAAAAUAAAUAUAUAACGAAAUCGAAUAACGUAACAGUGAGAUUAGAAGAAAAGGAUUCUAAUGAAGAACAACAGAAGGAUUUCCGAGCGAGAACGGCGCGUAGAUUAUUAGCCGAGGGACGUGCAUCGAAUUACGAGGAGGCCGAAGUAGCUGCCAGUUUAUUGGCUCUCAAAUUUGAAGAUGCAGAAGCUAUUCAUGCUGCCAAGGAAUGUGGUAGCGUUGAAUCUGCUCUAGCAUUCUUACAACAAGAAUGCGAACUUUGUACCGGACGUUACGCGAUGAGUCUGAUGAUAUCCAUGUUGAAAUGCACGCAUCGAUGUUGCAACGAGUGCGCGAAAAAUUAUUUCACCAUACAGAUAAGCGACAGAAAUAUCAUAGACGCCGUAUGUCCGUUUUGCAAAGAACCGAAUUUGAGGGAUGCGAACGAAGACGAUGUUCUAGAAUAUUUUAGUAAUCUAGAUAUUCAAUUGAAAUCACUUUUGGAUCCCCCAAUUCAUGAACUUUUUCAAAGAAAAUUAAGAGACCGUACUCUAAUGCAAGAUCCUAAUUUUAAAUGGUGUAUUCAGUGCUCGAGUGGCUUUUAUGCGGAUCCGGAACACAAAAGACUCAUCUGUCCUGACUGUAGAUCUAUAACGUGUGCGUUUUGUCGGAAACCCUGGGAGAAACAACACGAAGGUAUAACUUGCAAACAAUUCGCAGCUUGGAAAGAUGAAAACGAUCCGGACAAUCAAGCUGCUGGUUUGGCAAAACACUUGGCCGACAAUGGGAUUGAUUGUCCCAAGUGUAAAUUCCGAUAUUCUUUAUCUCGAGGAGGUUGCAUGCAUUUCACUUGCAGUCAAUGCAAAUAUGAAUUUUGUUGUGGUUGUGGUAAAGCUUUUCUUAUGGGUGCUAAAUGCUCGACUAGUCCAUAUUGCGCUAAACUUGGCCUUCAUGCACAUCAUCCUCGCAAUUGCCUCUUCUAUUUACGCGACAAGGAACCCGCACAAUUGCAACAAUUACUCAAAGACAAUGGCAUUAAUUAUGAUACGGAAGGACCGACGGGGGAAAGGAAAUGUAAAGUACAAUUGCAAAAGGAAACCCCAGGAGGUGUUGUCGAUACCAUUUGCAAUUCGGACGUCGUCGAGGGACAAGCUGGUUUAUGCAGGAUCCAUUACGUCGAGUAUCUCGUUCGAAAGAUACGUUCGAUGCAGCUAGAACCUCUUCCACUGUUGAAUGUUGACGAUCUCGAGACUUGCGUUAAACGAAGCGGCUUAAAGCUACCUCCAAAUUGGCAGCACUACAUUGAAUACUUGGCGGGCCUGGUACUCAAAAACAAGCUGGACCCUGUUGCCAUCUUUGACUUGAACGACGCCAAGCAAGAGUUGCGCCGACGGGGAAAAGUUCCCCCUGCGAAGGACCAGGAAAUGUCCGAACAGGAUUAUCUCCAGGCGUGUAUUCAGAUUGUACAAAAGGAAAUUCCACUGGAAUAAUAGGAAAUAAAGAUGCGAAAGAACCUUCAAGAUUCUAGAGAAUAUCUAACUUCUACGUACUUUAAUGAAGUCAUUAUUAUUUACAUAUUUUAUCAGCCGCAUGUAGGAAGUAAUGCAAUACUCAAUAAAUUACUAUACAUAUAGGCAUAA